AUCCAAUUAUCUAUAAUCUAUCUUAAAACAUCACACACAAACUUUGAAGCUCCAACAAUGGCGAUUUCAUCGUCGCCAAUAGCUUCUCCUCUAGGCAUCAACAUCAAUACCAAACUUGCAUCCUCUUCUUCUUUUCCAAAUCUCGCUCUCUUCAACCUCCCUUCCAAGCCCACCAAUCGCAUUUCGACCAUUGUCCUCUCCUCUUACAAAAACUCAGGAAAUGGACUGACGAGUGAAGAUAAAAAGGCAUUAUUCGAAAAAUACGGUCUUGAUCCCAAUCAAUUCUCAUCACAGCCUUCUUCUUCUUCACCUUCUCUUAAGACAAAGAGGAGAAAGGAAAUCCAAAAUCCAGGUAGAGGAAAACAAGUCCGUGAAGAGGACGGGGAGGAUAAGCCACAGAGGACCACUCAUAGGUUACUUCAGGUGCUUGGAGGAAAGGCUAAAAGAAAGAAGUUGCUCUCUCCCAAAGGCAUGGAUGUGCGGCCAAUGAUGGAGGUCGUAAAAGGUUCUGCCUUCGAUAUAUUGCAGGCAGCUGGUGGCUGUCCUGCCUCUCUAAGGCCUGGUCGGUGGUUAGACUUGUACAGUGGCACUGGUUCUGUUGGUAUUGAAGCUAUCAGUCGAGGAUGCUCUGAGGUGCAUUUUGUUGAGAUGGAUCCUUGGGUUGUUUCAAACGUUUUACAACCAAACUUGGAGUGCACAGGAUUUCUUGAUGUUUCAGUUAUACAUACUGUUCGCGUUGAAAGCUUUUUAGAGUGCGCAGAGCAAUUUGUGGGUCAGGACAGCGCAUUUGAUUUCAUUAGUGUCACACCUCCAUAUACACAAGUUGAUUAUGGAAUACUGAUGGAUCAAAUUUCAAAAUCACCCAUAGUUGGAGAAGAUACAUUUAUUGUAGUAGAAUAUCCUCUAAGAACUGACAUGUUGGAUUCAUGUGGAUGCCUUGUGAAGAUAAAUGAUAGACGAUUUGGUCGGACCCAUUUGGCAAUUUAUGGACCUGAGUGGGCCCAGAAGAAGAGAAAGAAAUAACAGUUUGAAGAGCAGUAGCAGAACUUAUACUAGAAGUCUACUAGUGGAAAGUGCAGAGCGAAAUGCGGGCUUGAAAUGCUUUUGCGUGGAUCACCCCCUAUCUUUAACCGCUAAAAUACAUGCUGUAGCGUUCAUCCUUGUUAACUUCAGGCAAUUUGAAACCAGUUCUAGUGGAUCUUUAUGGCUUAUUUCUUCUUGGUAUCUCCUCAGCUGCUUAAUUGAGCUCGAGAGAAUUGAGAGAAAGGCUUCUUCUGUCAUGCUGAUUUUUCAAGAUCAUGAGGACUUCGUAAAUCAAUUCUGUAUUUGAUAAAUGGAUCUUUUGAGCUUUUACUCUAUCAUCAUUUUAGUUGUUGUGGUCAAAUACGAAUACUAGAACUCAUUGUCCACAUAAUGUUUUCUUUCCUUGCUAAUUUGAGCUUUCAAGGCACUAAAUCUAGCUUGCUGUUUCGGAUGUAUCGCUAGAUUUAUGCUCUGGACCUAUAUUUUAUCACAAAUUCAGUGUUUUAGUGUGGAA